CCCAAUAGUAACCGGAACCGCUGGCACUGAACGCGCACACACACACACACACACACACGCGCGCAAGCACGCACAUUAGACUUCAUUUCACUUCAACUCGCGCACUUCACGCUGUAGACGGACAGGCGACACCAGGGCUAGGAGCAGGAGCAGGACCAGGAGCAGGGCAGAAUCCCCAGCAUUCCCUCCCAAAUCCUAUUACAACCUACAGAUGUGCCUCAGAAAGCUGAGGCAGAUCAGACGAGGCAGGGUUUUCUCCAGCAGAACUGAGGAGACCAUUACAAGCAUUACUACAUCCCUGAAACAGCUGUUUGAGCAGUAUGGCUGCAGUCUUGCGUGGGUGAAAACGAGCCAGUAAAACCUCUCAGCAGACUUCCCGCUCUGAACCCCACGAUGAAACUCAUGACGCGGAAAAUCAGCUCUUCACACUGAGGACUCUCAUGGCAUGCGUUGAAAAUUUGUUCUUAUUGGAUAUGUUCACCAGCCAAUCAGAUUAUUGGAGCCCCAGCGAUUAAGCACCGAACAACUGGAAUUGUAAUGGCAAAGACAACCGAAAUCCUGAACCUGUCCUUCCUCCAGGAGAACGAGCGAGAGAUGAUCCUCAGCGUUUUGCAAAAAGACGAGAAACUCCGCAAACGAGAGGAGAAGCGGAUCAGAAAGCUAAAGAACGAGCUUUUGGAGCUGAAGCGACGCGGUCGACGUGGUAACCCAGAGCAGCGGGAGUGCGGCGUGUGUCUGCGUGCUCUGGGUCUGAUCCUCCAGAGGGGCACUGUGUGUUUUGAGUGUCACCGUCGUGUCUGCAGCUACUGCACAGCUAUCAGUUCAAACAGCAGUAUCACCAAGUGCACUGUCUGUGCCAAAUCUGCGGAGCUGAAGGUGGUCACAGGCGAAUGGUUUUUAGAAGAACGGGCCAAGCGCUUUGAACACACGGCAGUUCCUAGCAGUGAUGUCAUCAAACAGUCCAUCCUAAACAGUGAUCUAGGAGAUGGACGCUCUGACCAGAAGAAGAUUCCACUAUCAGGGCUGGACCGACCAGCUACGCCUCAAUCUGAGCGGUCAGCCUCACCCCAUUCUGAGAAGAGCACUGGUCGGUUUAUGGGCAAGAAGAAAGGGACCAAACCUUUGGCUGUAGAGUCAUCAGGGUUACCGACGACACCGAAUAACAUGCGCUUACACACGGGCCGAUCACCGUCCCAGGCUGAAAGAAGGAAAAGGCCCGAUGGGGCUGAGAGUGUGUGCAGUGUACGCAGCAGUGACAGUAUUCCUGAAAAGAUCAGCGUUGGAGGGAUGCGAAAAAACUCUGCCACACCCUCUAUUGCUGUUUCCAGAGCCUCGCUUUCAUCAGACCGCAGUCGGUCAGAGCUGGAUCUCAGUAAUCUGGGUGACGGGUUUACGAACGACCCCCUGUCUGCCCGCUGCCGCUCAGUUCCUGGGCUCACUGAUGCCGACUCAGAUGAAGACAUUGAUGCCCUGAUGUCCGCCCAUUACAAAACCACCCGCAGCAUCAGCAGUGCUCAAUCUGUGUCUUUCACUCCAGGCUCACAGAGAAAGUGGGGCUACCUUAACGUACCCGACUCGGAUGCUGAGACUAGCAGUCUGAACAGUAUUAUGAGCGUGUACAGUGAGAUGGGCGACUACGGCAACGCACGUGUUUCCGGAGAGAUCCUGCUAAACAUCUCCUACAGCUAUAAAACAGGAGCACUCAACGUUCUAGUGCGCGAGUGCCGCUGCCUAGCAACCGGAGACGACCGGAGACAGCGGACUGACCCUUAUGUCAAAACCUACCUCUUACCCGACAAGUCCCGCCAGAGCAAGCGGAAAACCAGCAUCAAAAGCAACACCACCGACCCAGUAUUCAACGAGAACCUGAGGUAUGUGGUGAGUCAUUCCCAGCUGGAGACACGUACUCUACAGGUUUCCGUGUGGCACAAUGACCGCUUCGGACACAACACCUUCUUAGGAGAGACUGAGCUGACCUUUGACUCAUGGGAGUUUGACAAACAGAUAGAGGAUUGGUUCCCUUUGCAACCCAGAACUGAGUGCUCCACAGACUCUUUGAUGCAGUAUAAGGGCGAGCUGACUGUUGUGCUUAAGUACAUUCCAGCAGAUAGAAACCUUUCACUACCACUGGACCAAAUACAAGUGAAAAGGGGUUUUCUGAAAGGGAAGAAGAGUAUCACUCUGCCAAAAGGAGGCAUGGUAGAGCUGCUGGUUAAAGAAGCCAAAAACUUGACAGCUGUCAAAUCCGGCUCUUCUGAUGCAUUUGUCAAAGGGUACCUGCUGCCCGAUGACAAGAAAAGCACGAAACACAAGACUGCAGUGGUGAAGCGUUCAGUGAACCCACGCUGGAAUCACACCUUCACCUAUUGUGGCCUGCAGGACAGUGACCUGGACAGCGUAUGUCUUGAGCUCACUGUCUGGGACAAAGAACCACUAGCAAGCAACGUCUUCCUUGGGGGACUGCGACUAGGAGCUGGGACUGGUUUUAGCUACGGGAAGGAGGUGGAUUGGAAUGAUUCCUACGGUGAGGAGCAGCGACUAUGGCAACGGAUGAUUGACAACCCAGAGGUUCCACAGGAAUGUACACUGAUGCUGAGGUCCAGCAUGGCCAAAAAAAAGACGUAGGGAAAGAGGAGCAGAGGGAUAGAUAUGUGUCUCGCAAUAUUCAUCAAAAGCUCCUGCUCCUUAUCACCUUAUCGAACAGUGCACUCUGCAAAAAGAGAUAGAUGCUCUAUUAUAAUACACACAGACACAUACACACGGAAACAGACCUUCACAAUCCUGCGCACACUGUCUUGCCGUCCAUAGGAACACCCCAUCUUGCUGCACAAGCAUGCAUCCUUCCUGCACAGAUGUAGUCUAUCUCAAAACACACACUUAGUGACCUGGCUGUAAACUGCACAAAGGCUAGCUUAAAGGACAUAAAAUUGCUUUCACGCAUGAAGACACACAUUCCUAAUGGCACAAACCAUUCUUUUUGAAGUACAUAGGAAUUAGCUCAACCAUAAACAGCAAAGCAAGUUCACUGCCACUUUCAUAUAAAUAGAAAAAAAUGUACGAUUUUAGUGCAAAUUUCCCGUUAGGAGUCCGUUUCCAGUGUUGUUGUAGCGAUGAGACCGAAAUCAAGCACACUUCAAUGAUUCAGUACAUGUCUCUCCAGUAGUGCAUGCCUGAAGCAGUGUUCAUUGAGGAUUAGAUCUGCGCUUGCUCUACCUCAGGCUUGUCUUUGUGUCCAGAGUAAUUGUGGGUGAUAUGAGCAAAGCAAUCAUAACACAACACUCAGACAUUUCUAUAUUACACAAUACAUAUCAGUAUAUAGAUUUGCUAAAAAACUGCCAGAAAAACAGCAAACGUCAUGACAAAGUGUUGUUUUUCCCCCUGCACAUAUCAGUGUCUGUCCAGGUUCUCUAGAUUUCUCUCACUUCGUAAAAAUAUAUGGCAGUAGGUGGACUGGCUAUAUUGCUUUAAGGUGUGAAUAAAUGUGUGGAUGGUACCUUGUGAUGGACUGGGGUCCCAUUUAAGGGUGUAGUCCUGCCUCGAUGCCAGUGUUUCUGAGAUAUUCGACACAACCGCCCUGACUGACCAGGAUAAAAUGCUCGCCUGAAAUUAUUAUUUAUUUAAAAUGGUGUAAAUGUUAGAAAAAGAUUAUGUGAAAUAUUAGAAAACUGUAUCUAACAGUUGCCCCAUUGGCCAGCCCUACACCAGAGGUAGCCAGCAUGAAAGAUUCAUGUCUCUAUUGUUUCAUUUGUUCAUUGUUUGACAGCGUAAAAGAUAUUUACGAUUUUUUUUAGACAUUUUGCACAACGUACUUAUGCAUUUCGGCCAAGUCAGGUAGAUUAACAUCAUGUUCAUAUACGCAUAUAAUGGGAUGAAAUACUGUGCCUUCAAACAUACAAGACUCUUCAAAUCCACAGCUAUAAAAAGUAUGAAUAAAGCGACAAGUUAAAAAACAAAAGUAUUGAGGCAAAUGUGAGAUUUUUGGCGCACAAAAAAAGGGCAGUGCAAUUCUACAAAUUCUACAAGAAAAGUGCCAAGGUGAACAAGGUGGCACAAUUACUUUGAGAAGUGUGUGACAACCCAAUACACCGCAGUAAACAUAAGUGUAUCAGGAUCUACCCAUUCUUUUUUUUUUUUAUGCUAGAGCUCUUCCACACACCUGAUAUGAGUAGAUCACAAAAUAGGAUCCAUGGACCGCCAAAGAUUUAUUUUUCUUUCUACUUUUUUAAAGUGGAUUAAAAUCACAAUACAUUAUCCAUUUUUUUUAUUUAUUUAUUGUUGUGUUCUUUAUAUUUAUUAUCCGAUUUGGCUGGUUGAUUCAAGUCCAAACCUCAGUAACUCAAAAACAAGUCAUUUUAAUAAACCAGAAUAUUCUAGCAUAAAUUAAAAUAGUUUGUAGACACUCUGUGAACUUGAAUAUGUAGUUUUUAGAGUCCUUGGCUGCAAUAUGUUUGGUAGCAUCUGCUUUAGAUAAACAGUUUUUAGAUUUAAUGGAGGAGCCCUGAUGCAUUAGGGUUUUUAAACUGAUUUCUGGAGAAAGUUAGAUCUCCAGAGAGGUAGGUGGUGACCCCUGUUCUAGAGUACAAUGAUAAAUCCAUUUGACAGACAUGAAUACAGUUUAGAAGGUAAUACUAGUGAAUAAAGAUGAUAUCCUUAGAAUAACUGAGAAUAAAAUAUAAAGGCCGAUGUUAAACACAACACAGACGGCCAAUGUAUUUGAACAGUCCCAAUUUCCACUUGUACUCUCCAAAUAUGUGUGAGGUCGAAGAGGAUUUGAUGAACAAGCUGCCAUUUGUAUUGUUAUUCUUUCAUUACUGUUUGUAACAGACAGUCUUAAAAACAAGACCUGACAUCGCUCUCAAUUACAACUGAGGUCACUUUCACUCUUGUAGUGUUUAUAAGGCUUUCUGAGUAACAAGGUAUGACUUCUAUGUGUUAUAUAACAAGUGUCGAUUCGGUGUGUUGGUUGCCUGACUAUGACGCAUGUUCAGUGUGUAUGUCAGCUCUGAGCAGGGAGAUUGUUCAGGAAUCUGCUUUAAGAGAUUGUUUAUGCAUCUUCAGAUACACCUAUAAAAUAAACGAUAUUAACCUA